UGCGCCCCGCCCCUAGCGUCCUCCUCAGGGGCCUCGCGACACCAAGGUCGUGCGCAGGUCACCCUGGAAUUCGUAGUUCACCUUUCCCUCGUUUCACCAGGUUCUCUCUAGCAGAGACUCUAUCUCCCGGCGUCCAUCGCGGCGCCCGACCCUUGGCGCUUGCGCGUUGCCCUCUUUUCCACCCUCUUCAAUUUCCACUCCCCCCUCCCCACUUCGCCUGCCGCGAUCCGGUCCGCGGCCUGUGCUGUAGCGGUCGCCGCCGUUCCUUGGAAGCAGCAACUCCCUUCCCCCACCCCGGUCCUGGCCCCAGUCAAGCCGCCGACGUGAAGAUGAGCAGCUCAGAGGAGGUGUCCUGGAUUUCCUGGUUCUGUGGACUCCGUGGCAAUGAAUUCUUCUGUGAAGUGGAUGAAGACUACAUCCAGGACAAAUUCAAUCUCACUGGACUCAAUGAGCAGGUGCCUCACUAUCGACAAGCUCUAGACAUGAUCUUGGACCUGGAGCCUGAUGAAGAGCUGGAAGACAACCCCAACCAGAGUGACCUGAUUGAACAGGCAGCCGAGAUGCUUUAUGGAUUGAUCCACGCCCGCUAUAUCCUCACCAACCGUGGCAUCGCCCAGAUGUUGGAAAAAUACCAGCAGGGAGACUUUGGCUACUGUCCCCGUGUGUACUGUGAGAACCAGCCAAUGCUCCCCAUCGGCCUUUCAGACAUCCCAGGUGAGGCCAUGGUGAAGCUCUACUGCCCCAAGUGCAUGGACGUGUACACACCCAAGUCAUCGAGGCACCACCACACGGACGGCGCCUACUUCGGCACUGGCUUCCCUCACAUGCUCUUCAUGGUACACCCAGAGUACCGGCCCAAACGGCCCGCCAACCAGUUUGUGCCCAGGCUCUACGGUUUCAAGAUCCAUCCGAUGGCCUACCAGCUGCAGCUCCAAGCCGCCAGCAACUUCAAGAGCCCGGUCAAGACGAUUCGCUGAUCCCCCACCCCAUCUGUCCCUGAGUGUCCGCAGUCUUUGACACCUCCAUUCCUUUGCUGCCACCCUUUCAAGAACUCUCCAUGGUUUUUAGUUUAAAUUAAAGGAGUCAUUAUUGUGGUGGGAAUAUAAAAUAAAAUGAAAGAAAAGGCCAUG